AAAAUAAAAAAUAAAAAUGAGAAGAAUAGUAUAGUGACUCGCUUUCCCUAGUACAAAACCCUACAAACCACGAACUGAGAUUCGAAGCGCUCUUCUUGUUCUUCAGUUCAUCAUUGGAAUCGAACCAAAGCCCUUUGCCCCUUAAAAUGCCUCCCAAAUCUGCCAAAUCCAAGGAAGCCCCAGCUGAGCGACCCAUCCUCGGUCGAUUCUCUUCUCACCUCAAAAUUGGCAUUGUUGGCUUGCCAAAUGUUGGGAAAUCUACUCUUUUUAAUACUCUCACCAAGUUGGCAAUACCUGCUGAGAACUUCCCCUUUUGUACCAUUGAGCCUAAUGAGGCGCGGGUCAAUAUACCCGACGAACGGUUUGAGUGGCUUUGCCAAUUAUACAAGCCAAAAAGUGAGGUCUCAGCUUUCUUAGAAAUCCAUGACAUAGCUGGAUUGGUCCGAGGUGCUCAUCAGGGGCAAGGAUUGGGGAAUAGUUUUUUAUCUCACAUUCGUGCUGUUGAUGGAAUUUUCCAUGUUUUACGUGCAUUUGAGGAUCCGGACAUUAUUCAUGUAGAUGAUACUGUUGACCCAGUUAGGGAUUUGGAGAUCAUUACUGAAGAAUUGAGGCUGAAGGAUGUUGAAUUCAUGGAAAGAAAGAUAGAAGAUGUUGAGAAAAGCAUGAAGAGGAGCAAUGACAAACAGUUAAAAAUUGAACUUGAAUGUUGUCAAAGGGUGAAGGCAUUGCUUCAGGAAGGAAAAGAUAUACGUCUAGGUGAAUGGAAGGCUGCUGAUAUUGAGAUUUUGAAUUCCUUUCAGUUACUUACUGCCAAGCCUGUUGUAUACUUGGUAACAUUCUCUCAGUAGAAAAUUUGUUUGGCU